UCCUGUUAGUAAUUCGAAUAAUGACACCGAUACAAAUGCUGUUCCACUUUUAAAAACAAUUAAUUAUGGUCGUAAGAUUAGUGGCUUAUUAGUUGUUCUCAUCAUCUUGGUGGCUGUGACAAAUUUUCCACAUUUUAAGUCUGCAUUGGACAAUCUAAAUGGUAGUUCUGUGAUUUCUUCUGCUACAAAUACAUUGUGUGAAACAUCAAUGGCUGUAACUACUGACAAAUUUUGGGAUAUUAUGAAUCCAGAUAAAAAAGAUCAAUAUGCUAUAAUUCAACCUACUAGGGAAUUGACUUUAUUUUAUAGCACCGAACAUGAUAGUGACAGAGAUACCUCCUAUUCAUUCGAUA